AUGGUGGUUAAGUGCAGUGCGUGUUGCAAAUUCAUGUCAACGGUAGAGGGCGCAAACGUCGCAUGCCCCAUAUGCAAAAAACAAUAUCAUAAAGAAUGUGUAGGAGUGCGUAAAAAUGACACUGUGCCGUCAUCGUGGGCCUGCCCGGACUGUAAAUCCAGGCUGCCUAGGAGCAAUCAGGAUAAUACUCCUAUAAAAACGCAUGAUGUUCGUAACAGCUCUCCGAAAGCCAAGAACCCAGACUCAAAGCGGUUAUGCGAGACUGGAGGAGAUUCAGAGGAAACGAGUCUCGCAUACGAGCUCCGAGCGUUCCGUCUCGAAAUGAGUCAGACUAGAGAGGAGCUAAAAGGCUUGCGUCAGGACCUUUUUGAGUUAAGGUCGACAGUGCGCUCCUGCGAGAAUCGUCUGGACAGGGUUGAGGAGACGGUGCAAAUAAUGAUGACGGAGAGGGCGAGUGGUGGUGGGACCGACUCCUGUUUCGUUAAAGUGAUCCAGGCCCUGGAAGCGAACGUGGAGAGACUGCAGCAUGAUCUAAACGAUCGCGACCAGGUGCUGCUCCUGAACGAGGUGGAGCUCAGCGGCGUGCCGGAGGAAAAUGGGGAGAACCCCAUCCACAUUGCGCUGGCCUGUGCCGCUAAGCUCGGCAUGCAGCUGGACGAGCGUGAGGUGGUGAGCUGCGCGCGCACGGGAGCCCCGCGGCGCGAGGUGGGCGCGCGGCCGCGGCCACUUGCCUUGCGGCUGACCCGUCGCGACACGCGUGAUGUCUUGCUGCGUGGGGCGCGCGUACGUCGUCAUCUCACCACUGAGGACCUGGGUUUGAAGUCUGAACCCCGGCCCUUCUAUAUCAACGAGCGUCUAACGUCGAUAAACCGGCGCCUUUUUUAUCUUGUCAGGCAAACUGCAGGUCGUUUGCAGUGGAAGUAUGUUUGGACCAGGGAUGGCCGGAUUUACGUAAGGAGGGAAGCCGGAGCCCCCGCUCAUCGAAUACGAUGUGAAUCCGAUUUGGUGAAAAUUUUUGGUCCCGAUGGCGUUUGUCCCCCCCCACCAGAAACUGGACUACAAUAA